AUGCCUCUGGGCCUUGGACGUAGAAAGAAGGCUUCUCCACUAAUGGAGGAAGACGAUGUGGGGGAACGCACGGCAUUAGGAGUGUCUCAGACUGGUGGUGUGUCAAGUGGAUCUCUCUCACCUCAAGCCCCUGGUCUCCCUCCUCCUGCUCCUGCCCUGAGGCCUCGGCUGGUGUUCCACGCUCAGCUUGCACAUGGGAGCCCCACUGGGAGGAUUGAGGGAUUCAGCAAUGUGAAGGAACUCUAUGCUAAGAUUGCAGAGGCAUUCAAUAUAACUGUUGGAGACGUGAUGUUUUGUACGCUGAACACUCACCGCCUGGACAUGGAUAAACUUCUGGGCGGUCAGAUAGGACUUGAGGACUUCAUCUUUGCUCACAUACGAGGACAAAAGAAGGAGCUUGAGGUGUAUAAAUCUGAAGACUCUCUGGGUCUUACAAUCACUGACAACGGUGCCGGUUACGCAUUCAUCAAGCGAAUUAAAGAAGGCAGUAUUAUACACCGCAUGCAGCUUAUCAAUGUUGGGGACAUGAUUGAAUCUAUCAAUGGGAAGAAUUUGAUUGGUAGUCGUCAUUUUGAAGUAGCCCGGACCCUGAAAGAGUUGCCUCGGGGGAGGACCUUCAUGCUAAAGCUCUGUGAACCCAGGAAGGCCUUUGAUAUGAUUGGACAGCGUUCCAGCUCUUCCGCUAACAGUUCCACUAAUAGUUCCGCAGUAUCAUCGGGUAGGGGAACCUUACGUCUCAGAGCCAAGGGGCCUCCCACUGUGGAGGAACUGGUGUCUGUCAUUGAGGAGAAAGCCAUCCAGAAAGUGGACGACCUGCUGGAAAGCUAUAUGGGGAUCAGAGACCGUGAACUUGCUGGCACCAUGGUGGAGUUGGGCAUCGACAAACAGAACCCCGAUGACUUCUCACAGGCACUGGACCGCACACUAGGGGACUUUGCCUUUCCAGACGAGUUUGUAUUUGAUGUUUGGGGAGCCAUAGGUGAUGCCAAGGCUGGACGAUACUAA